AUGGACGACCCCGAGCGCGGCUGGAGCCUGUCCUUCGCGGGCUGCGGCUUCGUGGGCUUCUACCACGUCGGGGUGACCCACUGCCUGAGCGAGCGCGUCCCGCACCUCCUCCGCGACGCCCGCAUGUUCUUUGGCGCCUCUGCAGGGGCGGUGCACUGUGCCGCCUUCCUCGCCGGGAUCCCACUGGAAUCUACUAUAUGCAUGCUGACCAACCUAGCCCAGAGAACCAGGAAAAGAAAACUUAGCAUCUUCCACCCAUCUUUAUCCAUAAAAAAAUACUGUAGAGAGUAUCUCCUGGAACACCUCCCAGACAAUGUCCACCAGCUUGUCUCCGGGAAACUGUGCACCUCACUCACCAGAUUGUCUGACUGGGAAAACGUUCUGGUGUCUGAUUUUCAGUCCAAAGAUGAACUUGUGGAUGUCUUAGUUUGUUCCUGCUUUGUCCCCUUCUACAGUGUCUUAAUUCCUCCAACCUUCAGAGGUGUGCAAUACAUGGAUGGAUGUCUGUCUGACAAUGUGCCCUUCACUGAUGCCCAAACAACCAUCAUUGUGUCCCCCUUCUGUGGGAAGCAUGACAUCUGCCCCAAGGUCAAGUCCACAAACUUUCUUCAUGUGAACUUCAGCAAGCUAAGUCUGUGUCUCUGCCCAGAAAAUGCCUACCUUUUGUUCAGAACAUUCUUCCCUGCAGAUCACAAGGUACUUAGAGAUACAUGCCUCCAAGUAUAUUUGGAUGCCCUUAGAUUCUUGGAAGAGCAGGGUAUCUGCACCAGGCCAGGGCCAAGCCUGAAUUUACCCUCUGAAGAGAGAAAGUCUGAGGUCAGUGCUCCCCGUGGGGAAAACAUGAGCCUGGAGGCUCCCUGGGAGGCAGCUGCUUUUGAGAUGAAAACCAACAGAGCUGAGCUGAUGGAGACACUCUCUCCCAAGCUUGCUAAAGCCACCAGACCAGAACUUACAGAUCCUCCACCUUGUCCAGAGUGUCAGGAAUGGAAACUUGGCAUUCUGCACCUGACCUUCAACUGCAGCAAGUACCUUCUAGAGGACCUCCACAAACACCUCCCAGACAACAUCCGCCAGCUGUGUCUGACAGGGAAAAUAUGCUGCUGUCUGAUUUUCAGUCCAAAGAGGAAGUCAUGGACACAAUCUGUUUAGUUCUCUGGGUGGUGUCAAGUUUAAUUCUGGGAGCAACACAGAGAGGGAUGUUCUAGGCCCCCUACCCCAUCUCCUGAGAUCCAAGGGAAGCUGGCUGCAUGUGAUGCAGGGUUGUUGCAGAGCAGCAUAAACUCUGUGUCCAUUGUGUGGUCUGAUCUGUAGCAUCUGUAAACCCUAAAUAUUCCAAGACAGUUACAUUUCAAGUAAUCCCUGCUCAUCCUUCAAGACUCAGCUUGUGACCACCUCUUCCAGGGAACCUUUCCAGGGUGUGGUCCUCACCACCACACAGUCUACAUGUGCUCCAUCAUGAGGAGGCCUUCUAGACUGAGGCCACACAAGGGUGGGAGCAUUUCUUCCUUGCCUCUGUCCCCAGGUCCCAGCACAGAGAAGAUCACCUGAAAUAUCAAAAUACCAUUUAAUUUUGUGGAUGCUUAACAAAGAUCUGUUUGAGACAGCAACCUUGCCCCAUAACCAGCAGCCCAGCAGUGUCUCAGUAGCCCAUUUUCAUUGCUGCUUAUUUCCAAAAGCUUUUGCUAGGCAGCCAGCACCUGUCCAUUCCCAUAUGGCUAGCUCUCCAUGAAUCAGUUUUCCAUCUUGCUUAAUUUUCUAGAGCACAGUAUGACUCAAAGUGAGGUCCUUGUAAAGGCAACAUCACCUGGGAGUUGUUAGAAAUGCAGACUCUAGGGCAGUCACCCCAGUCCCACAGAUCAGAAUCUUAAGAGUGGAGACCAGAAUCCUGGUGUCAACACACUCUCCCGAUGACUCUGAUGAACAUCAGUGAUUGAGAAGCCCCCAGUUUAGCUCUUUCCCAAUCUGUCAAAGAGCCAGUAACUCUUGGUCCUUCUGCAGGGUCUUAGCACAGAUCUCUUGUGGAGAAAAGGAAGUCUAAGUCCCUCAUGGAUGCUUUGGCUAAGGAGCUUACACAUCCUGAAAUCCAAGUCCUAUGUUGGGUCAUCAUUGAUUGAAUCCACUCCUCUGUGCAAAGAGGAUUUUCACCUUUGUUGCCUGCUUGUUAGAAGAAGAUUUAUAAGAGGCCAGGGGAAUAAAAGGCAGGCAGACUAUGUUUUGGCCAGUGGUUUCACUUCCUUAUGUCUUCACGGGUCUUGGUUUGUUCCUGCUUUGUCCCUUCCUAUUGUGGCUUGACACCUCCUUCCUUCAGAGGUGUCAUAAGUCUGCUUUUUGGUGGUUACUAAGGCUGAGUCCCCCGGGCUUUCCUUUAAAGCUGUGAUUGCUCCACUCCUUCCUGCCAGGCACCAGGCUCAACGCCUCCCCUCCUUCCCCCAUCCCCAUAUGUGGAACCUUGUGCUUCUCAGCCUUUCAAAUGAGAAGCCAGAGCCAGCCCCCUUCCAGGUCACCUGAGCAAAAAAAGCAACACUGUGCAUAAUUACCUGGCUACCUGUCAGGUAAUCUGGCUCAUUUACUUCAUCUUCACCAAGUCCCAGUGGUUGAUUCCCAGUGGCCUACGGUAUCAGAUGCUUUCCAAUGUACCACACAUGUAAGGUGGAGCUUGAUUCUUAGGGGGAAAUAUAAAAGUAAUAUGUUUUCUAAACCAAAAGGACUGCAAAUCUGGCUUCACAACCUUUUUGUCUUAUUUUGUUUCUCUACAUUGUGGUAUAAGACAAACUUUAAGCUCUAAAAUCUUUGCAUUUUAGGGACAUUUAUGUACUUAUGGGAAUAGCCACAGAAUAUUAGAUACAACCCUGUUUGCAAAAUAAGCAGAACCAACUUGCAGAGAGAACUCACAUUUACAAACCAGCUAAUAAAAACCAAGUAUAGUCAAUCUCAGUAUUCACAGGAGCUGUGUUCUCUGAAGUCUCCAGAACACUGAAGUGGCCAGGACUGAACACUGCCCCUAGGGGAAAUGGGGGUUAGGUUCCUGGGAGCCUUUCAUCACAACAGUCCCACAACAUUAACCAUGUUCUAGAUGUGUAUCUAUUUAAAGACACCUUAUAUCUUUUGCUUCCUUCUGAAAUUUGCAUAUAAUGAUUCCCUAGAAAGUUUUUUGUUUCACUGCCUUUAAGAUACUCUGCCCCCUAAAUCCACAUCUAGAAAAAGUAUAACUGCCUUCAGGACAUUUUAGAGCAACAUAUGGCAAAGUCUCAGAAUAUAAAUUUAGGCAAUUUUCAUCAUCAGUUGUAUUGGGGUGGAGUGGGUGGAGUAAUUAAAUUAGGUGUUGAUUCAUUCACACAGAACUCACAAGAAACAGCACUAGAACACAGAACUCAAGGAAACUUAUCUAAGGCACAUACUUUCUCCAAAAGGCACACCACAGCUUUCUUGCAAACAGGGACACUAGAAAGCAAUUCAGCACUAGGCUGGUUGGCCUUUUAAACAGCAAACUCACCUGUAAAAAGCACAAAAAUGUUUAAAAUGUGUCACUAAAUAUAUUGUGAGGACACUUAUUUACAGUAUGAGAUUCUUUGACCUCACCAGGGAACGAGCCCACCAGAUUUUACCCCUGCUCUGUGCAGAUCCACAAAUGACCAUGGCCAUAAAGAGGAAUCCCUGACUAAUGAGGUUCAAAUCUAUUUCAUAGACAUUAUCUUAUUCAGUCCUGCCAACUAAAGGGAAAUGCAAUUGUUCAUCCCAUGUGACUGGUGGGAAAGUGGAGAAUCAGGGACAUGCAGUGACUGCCACACCCUUAGGGACCACAGUCAGGAAGGCUGGAGUCUGUGUCCCACCUUUGGACAGGAUGAGGUCUGAAUUAGUCCACCUGGAUGGAAGCUUGUUUCCCCCAUUCCCAGUCCCACCAAGCACAGGGCUGCACGGGGCCAUUCAGAUCUGGCACCAAGUGCUCCAAGCACGGUUUGGAUCCUGGUGUUGUCACAACUUGGCCUGGCCCAGGCAGAGCUCCCUGCCCCACCAGUGGCUGCACAUGGAUGUUUCUACCUCCCCCAGAAUUAGGCUCCUCCAGGGCACUGAGGAGCCUCCUACUGAUGGCCGCUGACUCCAUAGUCUUCAGUUCUGGCUCUUCCUCCUGGUUGAGAGAUCCAGUCCCUUUGGGGUCUUAGUCACUUUCAGCCCAAAGUUUGUUUUUUUUUUUAACUUGAUAGUAUAUUUAAUAGAAUAAAAGAUUAUAUUUGGUAAACAUCUGGAUUAAAAUGGUUAAAAGGAUUUUCAUAUAAUUUUUAGGCACUGUACACACUUGUUUAACAAUAGCAUCAGCACUUGGAUUCAGGAAAAGAUAAAUCUGACACAUUUUAAUGCCUUGAUCCAUUUGUGGCAGUCAAAAAUAACCGCCAUUUUAGAGACAUCAAUCCAAACUUAAAUAGUCAUACACCACUAAAUAUCCCACACAGUAUAUUUAAAAAUAAAUAUAGAAAUACAACCAGAAGUCUACAAGUCAUCACAGGAGACAGACUGGGAAAAUCUAUCAUGGCAGUGAAGGGCUCUGGCUAGAUUUUUUUUUAAAUUCAGUUUUAUUGAAAUGUAUUCACAUACCAUACAAUCAUCCAUGGUAUACAGUCAACUGUUCACAGUAUGAUCUGGCUAGAU